GGGUAGCCGUCGUUCCGCCGCCGGCGGACAGGCCCCACCGAAAAUGAGCACCACCCCGAAGUGGUACUGCCGCAACAAAUCCCAGCCGAUGCACACGUUCGCGGAAAUCGGCAAAUUGGGCCUGGAGCUGCGGCGGAUUACCAAGCGCAUAGUGAUCGAUGUCAACUCGGCGAUAUUCAGCGAACAUGACACCAUUUUGGAGGAGUGCGAGCGGGUGGUUGAGCAGUACUGGAACCUCAAGGACGAGACCAAAAAUGCCGACUUCCAGUCGCUCUCGAAGAAGAUCAAGAGGAGUCCCUACAACCAGCUGCUGAUGAAGAAGUUCCAUUUGAUUAUGGAUCUCAAUGACAGACGUUUCUGCCAGCUCACCUUUGUCCUCAAGCGGACUUUGAGUUUCCUGCUCCGCAAGUCAAUGCAAUCGGAGAUGUGGCUGAACUGGGCGCUGCACAUCACCCAGUUGUACAACAAGUGCCGGAAGGUAGAAAAACCCCUGGUUCCUGCGGAAGUGGAUAGUCAACCAGGUGAGGAGGAGCCAGCGGAGGAGGAACCCAAGUUGGGCGGCAAGAGGAAAGAGGAAAUGCCCGCCAAUGUCUGCAGCAAUAUGUAUCCUGCCCUGCUCCUGGCUCUGAAGCCCAUUGACUUCGGCUACGUUCUGCAGUUAGUGGCCCAGACCCGGGUGGAGCAGAAUGCUCUGGAUCUGGUUUUUGGUCUCUUUAAUAUGGGCGAGCAGGAUGCCUGGCGGGAGCAGCAGAACCUGGAGUCCACCUCCUCCAGCCUGGAGAUUCUGCGCACCCUAAACAUAUCCUUUGCCGCCGGCGAUUACCAACCGUAUUGCGACUCCGCCCAGGACUACAAGUCCAUGCAGAUGCAGAUGGCGGAUGCCAGUCUCCAGGUCCAGGAUCAUGACCACCAGAGCCUGCGCUGCAAGCACACGGAGAGCUUCCUGCAGAAGGAGCGGGUCUUCAUAGCCCAGUUGAUAGCCAAGGCCACGGAAAUUAGUCCUACCAUUUUCGAUAAUGGCAAAAAAGGGCCUGUAGACAUGAAUGUUUACAUCGUCAAGGGUUUGCGAUUGCUUUGGUCCUAUGUGGGCAUUAUUUUGGACCACAUACUGCUCUGGUGGAUAGACAACCCAGUGUCCUGUUAUCGCCUCACCCAUAUCGACUCCAUACGCAGCUGGCUCUAUCAUCAAAGUGUGAACGACAUCCCCGAGCCCGUUUUCUCAACACUUCGUGGAAUUGGUGAAAUCCUUACAGGAUUCGUUUGCAACAAUAUUUGGGAUCAGCUCUUCCGCCUCACUCUUAUAUCUUCAAAUAACACCAGUCGCUUGGUGAAUGUGGUAGCAGAGCAGUACCGCGAUUGCCCCAAAAAUGAAUUUGGAACCCCAACCGGCACCGUAUGGAUUAGUAUUUUCGCCAACCUAGUAAACCUGAGUAACCAAUACUUCUCCAAUCUGGAGGCGCACAAUAAUUCCAGCUUGCUGCCGGUGGCCGAGCAGAUACCCAUACUACAUAGGCUCGAUCAUUCGGUGCACUCGAUGCGUUUAUGGGUCACUGAGCAAGCCAAGCUGCUUUGCUGCGAGUGGAAAAUGGACCGCUUUUUUCAGAUCCUGGAGCACGAUGUCAAGCUGUGCCUGAAUGUCUUCAUUACCUUUCAACUGCCGAAACUCACUGCCGACCUCAGCGAUAUCCUGAUGCUGGUCUGUGUGGCCCUGCGGACCAAGCUCAUCGCCGAGGUCAACGCCAAUAUAGACAAGCUUAAGAAAACCACCGACGAGUGUGUUCAGAUCCUGUCAGCAGUUUGCCGGGUCCUCAGCCUGGCCAACUUUACGCUCUGCUUUCCCGCCGCCAACUUCUGGCAGCGCGAGUUGUACAACAACGACGAGAAGAGCCUCUACGUGGGCUAUGUGCUGGACGAGAUCUAUCUGCCCACCAUACGAGCCACCAAGGACAUUGUCAUCCUCAAGCUGAUCCUGAAGCUCAUCUGCGAGGCCUGGCUGGACUUCAUCUACCAGAAACGCAUCCGUUUCAGCGUGAAUGGAGCAGUUCGAUUGCUGAAUGACUUCGAUGAUGUGCGCGAGUGGAUCCUGGCCUGCACCUUGCUGGAUGAGGAGCAGCUGGAGAAGCUGAGCAACCACGAGGUGCUGCGCAUGUGCAAGGGCGUGGGCAAGAUACUGCUCCGCAAGCCGGAGGAUGUGAUCUCCAUAACGCAGUCGCCCAAGUUCGACAAGAAGGCGCAGGACACCUCCGCCCAGGACACCCAGCUGCCCUCGGAGAUGUUCGUCUCCAACCAGAAGCACUGGCUGCAACUUCGCGCCAGUGGAGGCAACGGAUUCCCCUUCCUGAAACUCUGCUGCGGAGACGCCGCCAUGUAGU